AUGGAAGAAGAAGCUUCAACUUCAACUUCUACUUCUACUUCUACUUCCAAUACGAAAGAGAAGAACGAAGAAGAGAUGGGAAAGGUAGAGGUGCGAUACAGAGGAGUUCGGCGCCGGCCAUGGGGUAAAUUUGCGUCGGAGAUACGUGAUCCUUCGAGGCGUGGUGCUCGUCUUUGGCUUGGAACAUUUGAUACUGCAGAGGAAGCUGCAAGAGCUUAUGAUCGAGCGGCAUUCACUUUGAGAGGUCAUUUGGCCAUUCUUAAUUUCCCCAAUGAUCGCCAUUCUUAUGAUUCUUCUGCUAAUGCUGCUACUGUUGAUGUUGAUGUUGAUGUUGCUGCUGGUGGAGAAGAUUUUGAGAAGAGAAAUUUAUCAUCUGAAACUGGAAGUAGAAGCACUAGAGAUGUCAUUGAGUUUGAAUAUUUGGAUGAUAAGAUUCUGGAGGAACUUCUGGAUGUUGAAACAGAGGAUACCAAGAGCAAGGGCAAGAAAUUUUACUGA